AACUUCACUUAGUGAUAACCAACAUUAAAACUACAAUUGCCAUUAACUCAAUCCAAAAUCCAAAAUCCCAAAAGCUAAAAGCUAACCAAAGAAAAGAAAGAACAAUAAAAUAAAAAGCGUAGGUACAAGACAUUACAUAAGCAACAAUAAGCUUUAACCAUUUAUCACUCCACACUCACUCUGCUUUUCUCUUCUCCUUCCCUCAUCUCAUCUUCCUUACGUAAAUUCUCCUUUAAGCAACAAGAAUCCAAAACUUUCCAUUCUCACUUUUCAUAUUAUCAUAUAUCAUAACAUAACAUAUCAUAACAUAACAUAACCACUUUCAAACACAAACAUGGCACUGUCUCUUCUCUUCCUUGUCACAAUCUUAACCAUGAUGACAACAACUCCUUCAUAUUCCGACACUAACUCUUUCAUCUUCGGUGGUUGUUCUCGUCUCAAAUUCUCACCUGGUUCCACCUACGAAACAAGCGUAAACUCGAUCCUCUCUUCCUUAGUCAACUCGGCAGCCUUCACAACCUACAACAAUUUCACUGUUCCGGGAGCCACCUCAUCGGAGACGGUCUACGGAAUUUUCCAGUGUCGCGGUGAUAUUACCAAUGACCAGUGUUCAACGUGUGUGGAGCGCGCGGUGAGUCAACUCGGAACACUCUGUUUCGAAACCUACGGUGGCGCGUUGCAGCUCGAAGGUUGUUUCGUAAAGUACGAUAAUGUUAAGUUUAUUGGGGUGGAGGAUAAAACGGAAGUGAUCAAGAAAUGUGGACCGUCGAUUGGGUUGACUUCGGAUGCGAGAGAUGAUGUGCUGGCUUAUUUAGAGUCGUCCGAUGGGGUUUAUAAGACUUUUAGAACGACUUCUUCUGGGGAUUUUUCAGGUGCGGCGCAGUGUACCGGGGAUUUGAGUUCCAGCGAGUGUCAGGAUUGUGUUUCGGAUGCGAUCCAACGGUUGAGAAGUGAGUGUGGAGGUUCUACUUGGGGUGAUAUGUAUUUGGCUAAAUGCUACGUGCGGUAUUCGGAAGGUGGAGUUCACUCGCGGGGUGGUAACGAUGAUGAAAAUCACAAUGAUGAUGAAAUUGAGAAGACACUAGCCAUACUAAUUGGACUUAUUGCUGGUGUUGCAUUAAUAAUUGUCUUUCUUUCCUUCUUGUCCAAAGUUUGUGAAAAGCAGAGAGGUGGUAAAUGAAGAGUAUGUUAUUUGGAUAGUAAUAGAAUUGAACUUUUGUCCCUGCUUUUCUCUGGUUAAUUAUUUGUAUUCAAUCUUUUGUAAGUUUCCACCACAAUUUCCUUUGUCAUUGAAGGUAUAUAAUAACUAUAUAUAGAAAGAUCUUGUGGAAAAAUAGUUCUUUACCAUUACAAUAAGGUGAAAAGACUCAAAUUCCACUCUUUUUAUUUACUUGCUCAAUUUCCACCAAUGUGUACAAAUAGUGAACAUUUAAAUGGAAAAGGUAUCAUGCUAUGUCAUAUAACCAUGAAAAUUAGA